AUGGGCUCUUCCUUUUACCGAGUUCUCCUAUUUGUUGGCUUCACUGCUUCAACUUUCUGCAUGUUCUCAUCCAGUCACAAUCCCAGCAAUAGAGAGUCCUCCCGGCCUUCCUCCCUGAAGAGCAACCCAGCCUCUAAGGUGUCUCCCAGCAACAGCAUGUUCGCCUUCUUGUUGUACCAGAGGCUGGUUCAGGAAAGUCCAGGUCAAAAUGUUCUUUUUUCUCCGGUGAGUAUCUCAACUUCCCUGGCCAUGCUGUCCCUGGGGGCCCGCUCAGCCACCAAGAUGCAGAUCCUCCGGAGCCUUGGCUUUGACCUCAUGACCAUGCCGGAGCCCACCAUCCAUCUGGGCUUCGAGCAUCUGGUCCACUCGCUGAAUGUGUGCCACAAAGACCGGGACUUGCGGAUGGGCAGUGUCCUCUUCAUCAGGAAGGAGCUGCAACUGCAGGUUAGUUUUCUGGACCGCGUCAAGAAGCUUUAUGGGGCAAAAGUCUUUUCCGAAGACUUCUCAAAUACAGCCAGUGCCCAGGCACGGAUCAACAGCUAUGUGGAGAAGGAGACCAAAGGGAAGGUGGUGGAUGUAAUCCAAGACCUUGAAUCUCAGACUGCCAUGGUCUUGGUGAACCAUAUCUUCUUUAAAGCCAACUGGACACAGCCCUUUAGUACUGCAAAUACCAUCAAGAGCUUCCCAUUCCUUCUGAGCGAGGGCACCACGGUGCAUGUUCCCAUGAUGCAGCAGACGGAGUUGUUUGCUUUCGGAGUGGACCGCGAGCUGGGCUGCUCCGUGCUGCAGAUGGACUAUAGGGGAGAUGCUGUGGCCUUCUUUGUCCUCCCUGACAAGGGCAAGAUGUUGCAGCUGGAGAAGAGUCUGUCAGCCAGGAGGCUGAGAAAGUGGGGCCGCUCACUCCAGAAAAGGUGGAUCAAGGUGUUCAUCCCGAAAUUUUCCAUUUCUGCUUCCUACAACCUGGAAACUAUCCUCCCCAAAAUGGGGAUACGAGAUGCCUUCGACGGAAAUGCUGACUUUUCCGGGAUUGCAAAGACACACAUCCUGCAGGUUUCUAAAGUUGCUCACAAGGCUGUGCUGGAUGUUAGUGAGGAGGGCACGGAAGCCGCAGCAGCCACCACCAGCAAGCUUAUAGUCCGCUCAAGAGAUAGCCCUUCUUCUGUCAUCUCCUUCAACCAACCCUUCCUGAUGCUACUCUUGGAUAAAAGUACAGAAUCUAUUCUCUUUCUAGGGAAAGUUGAAAAUCCCACCAAGAUGUAG